GUUCUUGCAAAUCCACUCUCUCUCGCGAGCUAUAUGGCGAAUCAGAUUCCUGGCAGAACCCAGCAAAUCGAAAUCAUUCGAUGCUGUUUCCAAGGUUUCAGACGGUACCACACCUGAUUUCCGUCCCUCCGCUUUGUCUCGUCCUGUGUGAUGAGUUUGGGUUGGUGGCGCAGUCUGUUUGUUUCUGAUCCUUUCGUCUCACCCUCUCCUACGGCUCACAUUAUCCAAUGCGUUUUCUCCCUCCAAACAGAGUAUGUUUCUCUCCCACCUUUCCGAAAAAAAUGAGGUUACUGUGAGAAAAGGACUUUGGAUCUGGUCAAGUCAUUGUUUCUUUGGAUUCUGACUGACCUGGCAAUGAAAGCCAAGCGGAGAUAUCUGACCCCGGCAACCCUUAUUCCUCCCUUUCUUGUGACGCUCUCCACACAACAGAUUCAACUCCCCCUUCUUUUCUGGUUCUCUGGGUUGGAAGGACCGGCAUGACAACACUGAUGAACAGCAGAACCAACAAAGGCCACCUCUUCUCGAGUCAUCUCUUCCUUCUUCCAGCCAUGAGGGACUUCGCCUCGUGUUUCAACGAGCACGCAGUUAAGGUUUCCAACAGCUCUUGUUCGGGAAGCAGCAGCAGCAGCAGCAGUUGCAACUCGUCGGCGGUGGAUAACACCACCUCGGCUCUCGGCGCCGUGACCUGCCUCUACCGGACGAAGCUCUCCACGCCAAGGGAGCUCCUCGUCAAAGUUACCUGGUCCAAGGGGAACGUCGGCCCCGUGCUCUCCGUUGGCAUCGACGACAACCCAUCGAUCCACCGGUCGGAGCCAGACGCCAUGAAUUGCCCGUUGCUGAGGAAGAAGAAGGGCAGCCGAUCGUAUGUCUCCGGGAGCUACGCCGUUGGGCUCCACUGGGACAUCGCUUCGGCCAAAUACGGAUCGGGUCCUGAGCCCAUCGACGGCUUCUACGUCGUGAUCGUCGUGAACUCGGAGUUCGCGCUCUUGCUCGGAGAUAUGAGCAGAGACUACAUCAGAAAUAUCGAGGAUUCACUGCCGGUUGCGGAGUUCUCUAUGAUCAGUAGGAAAGAGCAAGUCGUCGGCCAAACACAUCACUCCACGAGAGCUCGGUUCUGCGACGGUGGGAUCGACCACGAGAUCACCGUCAGGUGCAAGGGAGACAGGUGCGACGCCAAGGCCUCGGAGGUGUCGGUAUCGGUCGACAAGAAACUGGUGGUGCAGGUGAGGAGCCUCAGGUGGAACUUCCGAGGGAACCAGACCAUCUUCAUCGACGGGUCGCCGGUGGACUUGAUGUGGGACGUGCACGACUGGUGGUUCGGCAGCUCCUCCGGCUGCGCCGCGUUCAUGUUCCGGACGAGGAGCACGUCGGAGAGCAGGCUGUGGCUGGAGGACGAGAUGCUGCAAAGGGAGCAGCAGGCAACACCUGGGUUCUCCCUGUUGAUUCAAGCUUUCAAGAGCCAGUGAUCUCUGCUACUUGGCGUGCAUGGCUUGUUGUUAGCCGUUCAUCCUUUUGGCCUCCUCUUGUUUCUUCUUUCUGCUGUGUUUGUAAUUCUAGCAGUCACUGAAUUGCUUACAAUGGUUAGCAAACGAGAUUGUUCUUAUUGAUCUGAGCUGCAGAAAGUUUGAAAUGGUAGAUCGGAGUUGAUUGUAAGGCUACUCCUUUCGAGGAGUAUAAUCUCAUCAGUUCAUCAGCAUGUAUAGAGACAAUUCACUCCCCUAUAUCAUCCUUUUCAUCA